AUGCCCGCCGCAAGCUCCUCCGUCCUCUACCCCAAGGGCACCAACUUCAACAUGGACUACUACCUCUCCACCCACAUGCCCCUCGCCUACAAGUCAUGGUCCGACUUUGGCCUCAAGGGCUGGAGCGUCGUCGAGUUCGGCCCCGACAGCGACUACUGCGUGCAAGCCAUCCUCGAGUGGGACAGCGAGGAGAGCUCCAAGAAGGCUCUGGCUUCCGAGGCCGCCGGUGUCGUCAUGGCUGAUGUCAAGAACUUUUCCGACAAGGCUCCUACUUUUUUGAGUGGAAAGGUUGUUGGCAGUUCGUAA